GGCGCGACCCCCGCGCGCGCGGGUCUCAACAAUGGUGCUCCGCGCUGGCGCGAUCCCCGCGUCCGCCCCGCGGCCGUAGAGGAAGCGGCCGGGAGACGCCCCCCCUUCUCCCCGCCCCAGCCACACACGCUCGCCCGAGUUUGCGCGGCUCGCCUCCCCGCCUGGGGCUCCGCUCGCCAGCGCCCAAGGCGGCUCAGCCCCGGAGCAUGGUGCCGGCGCCCGGCUCUCUCUAAUCGCUCCUCUCCCUCCUCCUCCUCCUCCUCCACCUCUUCUCGCUUCUCCCGUCCCACCCGUCCCUCCCGAGGGUGCUGCCUCUGGCUUCCUUCGGCGAGAGGGAGUGCAACUCUGUGCCUCUCCAAGGAGACUGGCGACUGGCCGGCGACCACCCGACAAGAACUCGCCCCCCAUUGAAAGCCAGCCCGGAACAGCCGGAGAAUGUCCACCCCGAGCCGAUUCAAAAAGGACAAAGAGAUCAUAGCCGAGUAUGAAAGUCAAGUGAAAGAGAUCCGGGCUCAACUGGUGGAGCAGCAGAGAUGCCUCGAACAGCAGACGGAGAUGCGCGUUCAGCUGCUCCAGGACCUGCAAGACUUCUUCCGGAAAAAAGCCGAAAUUGAGACAGAAUAUUCCCGGAACCUAGAGAAGCUGGCAGAAAGGUUCAUGGCCAAAACCAGAAGCACGAAAGACCACCAGCAAUUCAAGAAAGAUCAGAACCUGUUGUCUCCAGUGAACUGCUGGUACUUGCUCCUGAACCAAGUGAGGCGAGAAAGCAAAGACCACGCCACCCUGAGCGACAUCUAUCUGAACAACGUCAUCAUGCGGUUCAUGCAAAUAAGCGAGGAUUCCACCCGGAUGUUUAAAAAGAGCAAAGAGAUUGCAUUCCAACUGCACGAGGACUUAAUGAAGGUUCUUAAUGAGCUUUACACGGUGAUGAAAACGUACCACAUGUACCACGCCGAGAGCAUCAGCGCGGAGAGCAAGCUGAAAGAAGCCGAGAAGCAAGAGGAGAAGCAGAUCGGGAGGUCGGGUGACCCCGUCUUCCACAUCAGGCUAGAAGAGAAGCACCAGAGACGCAGCUCUGUGAAGAAAAUUGAAAAAAUGAAGGAAAAGAGACAAGCAAAAUAUUCAGAAAAUAAGCUGAAAUCGAUUAAAGCGCGGAACGAGUAUCUCCUAACACUUGAAGCAACCAACGCCUCGGUGUUCAAGUACUACAUUCACGACCUUUCCGACCUAAUCGACUGCUGCGACCUUGGCUACCAUGCAAGUCUGAACAGAGCCCUCAGAACGUAUCUCUCGGCCGAGUACAACCUUGAAACCUCCAGACAUGAAGGCUUAGACAUUAUUGAAAAUGCUGUUGACAACUUAGAGCCAAGGAGUGACAAGCAGAGAUUCAUGGAGAUGUACCCUGCUGCGUUCUGUCCACCAAUGAAGUUUGAGUUCCAGUCUCACAUGGGUGAUGAGGUGUGCCAGGUCAGCGCCCAGCAGCCGGUCCAGGCAGAGCUCAUGCUCAGGAACCAGCAGCUGCAGUCCCGGCUGGCCACACUCAAGAUCGAGAACGAGGAGGUCAAGAAAACGACAGAAGCCACCCUCCAGACGAUCCAAGAUAUGGUCACUAUCGAGGACUAUGACGUGUCUGAGUGUUUCCAGCACAGCCGCUCCACGGAGUCUGUGAAGUCCACUGUGUCUGAAACCUACCUGAGUAAACCCAGCAUUGCCAAGAGACGAGCCAACCAGCAAGAAACCGAACACUUCUACUUCAUGAAACUCCGGGAGUUCUUGGAAGGCAGCAAUCUCAUCACGAAGCUUCAAGCUAAGCAUGACUUGCUGCAGAGGACUCUUGGGGAAGGUCAUAGAGCUGAAUAUAUGACUACAAGGCCUCCAAACGUCCCCCCUAAGCCCCAGAAACACAGGAAGUCCAGGCCCCGCUCCCAGUAUAAUGCUAAGUUGUUUAAUGGGGAUUUGGAGACAUUCGUCAAGGACUCAGGCCAGGUUAUCCCUCUAAUUGUGGAAAGCUCCAUCCGGUUCAUUAAUCUCUAUGGUCUUCAGCAUCAGGGGAUUUUCAGAGUGUCUGGUUCCCAGGUGGAGGUGAACGAUAUCAAGAAUUCCUUUGAGAGAGGUGAGAAUCCUUUGGCUGACGACCAGAGCAAUCACGACAUCAACUCUGUGGCCGGCGUUCUGAAGCUCUAUUUCCGGGGGCUGGAAAACCCCCUCUUUCCUAAGGAAAGGUUUAAUGACCUGAUUUCUUGUAUCAGAAUAGAGAAUCUCUAUGAGAGGGCGCUUCACAUCCGCAAACUCCUCUUGACCUUGCCCAGGUCGGUCCUCACAGUGAUGAGGUACCUGUUUGCCUUCCUCAAUCACCUUUCCCAGUACAGUGAUGAGAACAUGAUGGACCCUUAUAAUUUGGCCAUUUGCUUUGGCCCGACAUUGAUGCCUGUCCCGGAAAUACAGGACCAAGUGUCUUGCCAGGCGCAUGUGAACGAAAUCGUGAAGACCAUCAUCAUCCAUCAUGAGACGAUUUUCCCAGAUGCUAAAGAACUGGAUGGCCCCGUGUACGAGAAAUGCAUGGCUGGAGGCGACUACUGCGACAGCCCGUACAGCGAACACGGAACGCUGGAGGAAGUGGACCAAGACGCGGGCACGGAGCCGCACACCAGCGAGGACGAGUGUGAGCCAAUCGAAGCAAUAGCCAAGUUUGACUAUGUCGGGCGGUCUGCUAGAGAGCUGUCCUUCAAGAAGGGUGCGUCCCUACUGCUGUACCACCGCGCCUCUGAGGACUGGUGGGAAGGUAGACACAAUGGGAUCGAUGGGCUCGUGCCUCAUCAGUACAUCGUGGUGCAGGACAUGGAUGAUACAUUUUCAGACACUCUGAGCCAAAAAGCCGACAGUGAGGCCAGCAGUGGGCCGGUCACCGAAGACAAGUCUUCAUCUAAGGACAUGAACUCUCCCACUGACCGCCAUUCUGACAGCUAUUUAGCGAGGCAAAGGAAAAGAGGAGAACCACCCCCUCCAGGAAGACGUCCUGGCAGAACCAGUGAUGGCCAUUGUCCCCUCCACCCCCCACAUGCUCUUUCUAACUCCUCAAUUGACCUGGGGUCCCCAAACCUAGCCAGUCACCCCAGGGGUCUGUUGCAAAAUCGUGGCCUCAAUAACGACAGUCCUGAGAGGCGGCGCCGUCCGGGCCAUGGCAGCCUGACCAACAUCAGCCGGCAUGACUCCCUCAAGAAGAUUGACAGCCCACCUAUCAGGAGAUCCACGUCAUCGGGGCAGUAUACCAGCUUCAAUGACCACAAGCCACUGGACCCAGAAACAAUUGCUCAGGAUAUCGAAGAGACCAUGAACACUGCUUUGAACGAACUCCGUGAACUGGAGAGACAGAGCACGGUGAAGCAUGCCCCCGAUGUCGUGCUGGACACCUUGGAGCAGGUGAAAAACUCGCCCACCCCUGCAACGUCCAUGGAAUCUCUCAGCCCGUUGCACAACGUGGCCACCCUCAGGAGCUCGGAGCCUCAGAUCCGCCGCAGCACGAGCUCCUCCAGUGACACCAUGAGCACUUUCAAGCCGAUGGUGGCGCCCAGGAUGGGCGUGCAGCUGAAGCCCCCAGCCCUAAGGCCAAAGCCUGCUGUUCUUCCAAAAACAAAUCCUACUGUGGGCCCCGCGGCACCUUCCCAGGGCCCCACAGACAAGUCUUGCACGAUGUAGUAAACCCGAGGUCGUGAGGGGAGGGAGUCUGGAGGUGGAGGUGGAUUGGUGACAGGAGUCAGUGAUUGAUCUGUGACGUUCCUUAGUCUUGCGCUUAUAACUGGAGAUCUUUGGACUUUUCUAUGUUGUCGAAUGUAAUGCUGUCUGGAACUAGCUAAGUUAACAUGGGCAUUUGUAUUUUGUAACUUUUUUUAAUAACUGGACACAUGUCGUUUUAAAGACAAUAGAAAUACUUAGACUUACUUGAAAAUCCAAUGCUGCGCCCCUUGUCACCCUCACCCCACAUGGUAUAUGGCUUUGGAUUUAGUGUGUCCUGCAAGCCAGAGAACCCGCCUUCUGGGUCUUACUGGAGUACCGCCUGCCGCGGUCUGUGACACUUGUGGGAAGAGCGUCCGGAGGGGGUCCAGCCUCUGUUAAAGGUCACAGAGGGAGGCUCCAGGGGACCUUCAGUCCAUGGCGUGAAGGGGUUCAAUGACGGCUCCUUCCCUAAGGGUCAUUUCCCUGGAUCUGGGUUAAAGACUCAAUGGAAGAGGAUGGAUAGAAAAAACUCAGAUAUUGCUUGACCUGGACAAGGCAAAGGAGACCCUGUCUCCCGAUCUGUCGACAUGACUCCCUCCAAGAACGCGAUCAGGCCCUGGAGAUGCCCAAGUCCACCGCCUACAUUUACAGAGGACUAGAGCAGUCGAAUAGUAAGGACUUUCUGGUUGCCCCGCAGACUUCUGCAAAGUUGUUCAAUAACUGCCUAAGAAAUAUCUCUACCUUCCCUAGAACCCCACGUUCCCCUUUACAGCAAUGGAAAAAAAAACAAAAAAAACAGGAAAUGAAUCCUUGGUUCACAGAUGUUGUGACGAAAUUACCUUGAUUCCUUCACACCACAACGGCCCAGUGGUCCCCAAACUGAACCCCCAGCUCUGCUGCCCGCAACUCUUUGAGCCAAGCCAGAUCUGGCUACGGUACCGAGGGAGAGCCGUGCCAGGACACCAUGGGAAGAUGACCUUGGUGGUGCCGGGGUGGGUUCUUCCCAGUUUUGUACCUCAGAACCAUGACUUCUCUUCUUGUCCCAUUUGUGUUUGAUUUGCUGUUUGGGAUUUUUGCCUGUGACCUCUACAGAACUCAGAGAGUCAAAUGGACUCAGUUAGGAACUUCUUCCUCUGACCUUUAAGCUCAUAGUCAAUUUUCUUCAUCAUAUAUUUACUAUAUUUUUCCUCUAGCUUAAAAAAGAAAAUGGUAGAUCGUGUGUGUGUGUUUGGUGCUGGGAUUGAACCGGAGGCCUCUCGCAUGCUAAGCGCACACUCUACCACUGAGCUUUCCCCGCCCCCCACCCCCAUCAUUCUGAACACGAUUGUUUUUACUAAGGUACAAAUCACCAUUCUAGCAGCAGCGGAUGUCUACACUAGCGCUGCACUUCCUCAUGAAGCAAGGUGAUGUCUCAGAACAAUGCCCUUUGCACACACCAUGCACUUCCUUCUAGGUUUAAUUUCAAACUGGCGUGCCCACCUCAGUAGCACAGCGUCGACCAUAAUUCACGUAGGAACAAAUUAAGAUCUGUACUAAAAUCAGGAUCAUGACUGGUCGCUACCUCAGUUUGCUGAUCUAAUCAUUCUGUUACAGAAAAAAAAAUAUAUGAAUGAAAUAUCCCCUUUCAAAGUCACUCUCCUCAUUUCACAAAUGUAUUGAAGACAUACUCCCCACCCCCAGCUACUUCCAGGUAUGGUUAGGUUUUAAACCCUAAAUUUGCCAGGCAGUAGUGGCGCACGCCUUUAAUCCCAGCACUCGGGAGGCAGAGGCAGGCGGGUCUCUGAGUUUGAGGCCAGCCUGGUCUACAGAGUGAGAUCCAGGACAGCCAAGACUACACAGGGAAAAAUAACUCAAAAUUUUCAGAACCAUACUUUUUGGCCAUCUUAAAAUAGAAACCAUAGAGACCGAGCCAGGAUUGAACUAUGCUGGACACUGAGCCUUUUAAACAACCCACCCCUGGCUCCCUUGGAAGUUUAUUACCUCCUAAAUGAACCCACCAUUUACUAGAAAACAAUACUGAUUCUUAAAACCAUUUUUCCUUCUUUGAUGGACGAGGCCAGGCGCAGGUCUAAGAAGCUAGCCGCAGCCUUUUUGAAUUCAUUUGUAAAUGCCUUUCUUAAGCUUUAAUUUUAGCUUUUCCAAUCUUACUCCUACAAAACUGCUGCCGUCUGCUGUGUGUCCCCUAGAUCAGGACUCUGCUGCCUUGAAGGACAAAGGACAUGCUUUUGUAGACGCCCCCCCUCAAGGGCCCAAGAGCUGGGCCUCUUCCUCCAGGAAAUGGCUCCCAGUUUCCUCCCAUCCUUCUAUUGUCUCCUCCAUCUUCGAUCCUGUAGACAAUUCCAGACUGACUUCUGUCUCUUAAAUGAAAGCAAACCUUCAGGGGAGCAGUCACUUGCCCUUCGUUUACCCGAUGAGACAACAGCUUUACGUUUUUCCCAUCUGACGCGGGCACCCUUCGAGCCCUGCACAGGAUAGUUUCAGAUCAGGUGUCCCCUAAAGGAUCCUAAAAAACUGUCAGUAGAGCUCACUGAGAGCUACAGUCGAUGAGACUGGUCACCCUGGCGGGGUUUAAGCCACAGAUGUAGCACACAGCAGGAAGGCACAAGGAAAGGAAGAAAUGAACCCCAAGGUGCUCUGACCUCUCCCCAAUUCCCAGAUCUUGGAGACCAUACGCAGUUCAGGGAGGGGAUCAUCUGAUGGGCAGAUUCUAGUCCACAACAAUACCUGACUCCACAUUCACAAAAUAUCCAUGGUUGGGAGGACCGUGUAUGUGUGUGUGUGUGUGUGUGUGUGUGUGUGUGUGUGUGUGUGUGUGUGUGUGCGCGCGCGCGCGCGCGCGCGCGCGUGUUCCAUAGAACCCAGAUGCAGAUUGGCAAAGCCCUUUGGUGUGAGUUGGGGGUCUGAGGGAUGAAUUGUUAGGACUGACUGCACAUUGUUGGAAGAACGUCACAGUAAACUUUCAAACUGUUGAGGGCACUCUGUGGAGCUCAAGUUCUUGUUGCAGGUCAACACCAUUGGCCAACAGUCUUACUUGCGUUCACACAACAUAAUCUGACUUGGGUGCCCCGUGAGCUAUCCACAGAAUAAUCGGUAGUGAGGUCCCACUUAUUCUACUACCGUAGUCAGGAGUAAUUAUCAAUGGAUCAAGAACUCCCAAGGGUCAGAUGGUCUCCUUUGAGUUUUCUGUCUCUAUAUAUUUGCCAAUCCUAAAGUGGCUUUAAAAUUCAAUUAAGAAAGGGGAAAGAGUUGGGCUGGUGGUGGUGGUCUCAGCGUUUAGGAAUGGCUCGGCUCUGAUGUCUGCAAACUGAAGGAACCGUGUUCUAACGUCUGAAAUCCAACAGUAAAGAGACUGUAUCCAUUGAGAGUUCAGAUUUAGGUUGAUAUCUAUUCCUGAACACAGCAGAAAAGACCAGAAAUGCAAGGAAAUGCAUUUGGGAUGCCAUCUCUCUCCUAUCUGCCACUGAGACUCCGAGACACAGAGAGCCUAGAACUGAAGGUUCUACCCAUGUGCAAAUAGAACCCCCUCUACUUCAGAACCCCACCCCCACCCCUCAAGCUCCAGCUGGGCUGGAGCAUCCGACUUGCGUCAGGAUGACCUCAGCGGCGCAGAUAGCGAAGCCAGAGAAGCCAGAGGCUGAGCUUAGCUUUCACUCACUCAUCCUAGUAUACUUUAUUUAAAAAAAAAAAGUCUCAGUGGUAUCAUCUAAAUGGAUACCUGUAUCUUUAAAUUAUAUAGGGAAUUUUGUAUGUUUAAAUAAUUGUACUGGGUUCCAUAAUGCUUAUCUUAGAAACUAGUAAAAGAAAAAAUAUAUAAACUGCGCGUCUGUGAGUGCCCCUCCUUAGAGCAUUCACCUAAGUUCCGUGUGUGUAGUGUGAUGGUUAUUGUGGAUAUUUCCAAGUGUCGUAGGUGGCUGUGUUAACGGGAGACUGCUCUUCCCCUGCAUUCUUGAUGGUAACUCCUGCCCACGUCCUUCAAAUCAGUAUUGUCCCUUCCUGUCAGUUCGGUCAGUUGCAGUACUGGUAGCUUCCUGCUUGUGACGGUUACCCAAUGGUGUCGAUGUACAUCUGUAGUAUGUACACGUGAAAGUGCCUUCCUAUCUUAGAGAACUUUAGCCUUGCUUUUGUACUGUCGCCCACUACGUCCCGCCCACCGGACUGUUCCAAGAUGCCCUCUCCACUUGCUCACCACCACCCCACGCCACCGCCAUGUCUCCCUGCACCUCUGUGCCCAGUCGUGUGUGUCUUGCAUCCAUGUGGCUUAUCAGACUGUCUUGUCCCUCAUAGAUGUGACCGUGCCUUUCUCGCCUGUCCACAGUGACUCCCUGCCAUCCGUCCCAGGCUUCUCCCCUCCAUGAACUCACUCACACUGCAGCCUGCCAUCCCGUCCCCCCUUGCUCUAGAAUCCUGGCUCUCCUCUCCGAGGCGAGGAGAACAGGGGAUGCUUUUACAGCCCUGGAAGAAAAGGAAAUGUUUUGUUAAUCUGUCGUGACAAUGCACUUUUCUGUAUAGUACUGUACUUCUUGGCAUGUACCAUUCCAGGCUUCAGUAUACGGUUGGGUUUGUUCAAGGUGUAGCUUUAUAAUAAAUACGAUAGUUCUGGCCA